AGCUAUCAUGUGGUGAGAGAUGAGUGGCGUGGCGGGAGUGAAAUGCAGUGAGAAAGCGCGGUGACGAGGUGGGCAGAGUGGAGCCGCCUAGAGGGGGGAGGUGGGAGCACUCUAGCCACCUUUGUCACAUCCUCCACACUCAACGCGGGUAAAAUUGGACAUAACAAGGUGUCUAAUGUGGUGAGGGGGCCUGAAUCACCCAGGAAAGCAGAACUAUUUGUAUGUUGGGAUGGCAAAUGGAACCAAGAAGCCCGGCUACAUCAGCAGCUUCAUGUCCUUCUUGGAGUCACAGGACAUUGAUGACCCUGAUGAACCGAAUGCCUUGGCAGACACUAACAGUGCCUCAGACGAGGAGGAGGAGGAAGGAGUAAAUGUUGACAACAUCAAGAAAGAAGACUCUCCAGUAACCUUUGAUCCACCAGAGGAUGAGGGACUUGCCGACAAGGAAAUUAAGGUAGAAAUGGAGGAAAUAGCCUCUGCUGACUACAUCCCAGGGGAGGUCCAGGCCACUGAUGGGGAGAACACCAACAGCUCUGAGGCAACUAGCACAAGUGAGGGUGGCGAGACUUCCAAGGCUGGCCGGCGCAAUGUAGCAAGGAGAGGACGACCCAAGAAAGGUGCAGCACAAAGUGAGGCAAGACCCCAGAGGGAGAACCUGCGGAGAACAUCUCGGGCAGUGAAGCGGUACGGCAACACUGAGGUGGAGUCUGACAGCCUGGCAGACUCAGACCCAGACUUUCACCUCAGUGAUUCAGAUGAUGACCCAGACUUCAACCCAAUAGACAAAAAGACGAAUGCGGCCAGUGAUGACGAAGAGGAGAGGCCGAGGCGAGGGAAGGGGAGAGGCAGGGGAGGCACAACACACAGAGGCGUUUUCUCUUCUCAAGGCCGGGGUCGAGGGAUCAAACGAACACUUGAUAAAGAAAAUACUGCAUCUGCAAGCAAAUCUCCCACCACCACUUCCACCACCACCACCACCAUCACCACCACCACCACCACCACCACCACUGGCAGUCCCCCUAAGAGAAGAGGCCGGCCCCCAUCAUACCAGCCUGUCAAGAUCCUGCCCAAAUCAACCACUGAAGGAAAUGGCAGGACAGAGAGUGGUGGGCAGGACAAUGUAGUGAUCAUGAUGAAUGAAAGGAGAGGCCCUGCACAGCUAAGUUCAGCAUACAAUUACGCUGGAGGCCAAGUACAGCGGCAGCCCCAGAACAUCAUGGUGCCUGAGGGACCCGAGCUAACGGCGGAGCAGCUUGAAAUGGUAGAGUCCCAGUUCAAGAGUGGUGACUUUGUGAUGGCCAAGAAGGACAUGGAGAUGAUGGAGAACCCACCCAUAUGGAGGAUUGAUGGCAAGUCUCUCCUGCAGAAGUUCCAAGCAUUUGAGAAAGAUGGAAAGAUCCUCUACAGGAACAUAUCAACUUACUCUGGAUGGACGUCACAAGCCAAGGCUCUCUACCUGGGGGUCAAUGUGACCUUCGUGUUCCAGUCGCGGUAUGACACUGUGGUGCAGAUGUUGGGUUUCAAGCCUGAGGGGGAGGAGGAGGAGGAGUCAGAGAGCUCCAAGGAUGAUACCAGCAAACAAACCUGGUCAAACAUGAAGACUCAGCAGAUGGACAUUGAAAUCUCAGAGGAGCUGCGUUCACACAUGACAAGCUUUGAGAUUUACCUGCAGACGCUAAUCUCUCAGGCCCUGGAUAACAAUUUCCUUGUGGAAAUCUACGAAGAGAAUGAUGAAUACUUUGUGGAAAGAGUAAAGGUGAUUGAUGAACUAGCAGAACAGAGAAAAAAGAAGAUCCUUGAGAUUGUUGAGUGGAGCUCUCAAUUUAAGGAAUCAUUAGACACAUGGCCAUGUGUCAAUGUGAUGAUCAGGGCCACUAAGACCGUUGAGAUGUGUACAGCAUGCUCAAAGAACCCAUCUCUCAAGCUCCUCCAAAUGUAUGGGCAGCCAUACAGUCAGCAAACACUACGCUACAGGGAGGCGUUGCCCUCAGAGAGUGACAUCAAGAACUUUGAUGUAUGUGACAGCUGCUCCAACAUCUCCCAGCUGUACAACAAGGUGGCACACCAGAAAUAUGAUUACUAUUCUCAGUGUAAAUCCAAGGUGACCAACAUGAGAGUGGCUGACUCCAAGAAGGCCACCACAGCCAUUCUACAAGACCUGCUUGCUAAUGACCACUGGAUCACCAAGCUGUUCCGGUCAAUGUGUACAACGUGGAUCAAGGUAGACAGGCUCCACCAAGAUGAGGUUGAACGCUUGAAAAAAAGUGAACAAACUGUAAGUGCCACUGCCACUGCUACGUGAUAAGUGGCAGGAGUGGCAGGAAAGUGCACACAGGACAAAGCAUUGCCCAUAGCAGGGGUAGGGCACCUCACAGGAACUGGUGUGUAACUGUACUCCUGGUCCCCCACAAGGAAAGACCCGCCAGUGAAGUGACAAGUGACACACCUCAUCUGUGGGACUCGCAGUGAAAACAGUUCCAUGAGUGGUAUAAGUAAGCCUUUAAAUUGUUUGAAAUCAUAAAACUGGAAUGUGAGUGAAUUGGUUUCAAUUUGCACAGUUGCAGUGUUAUGAAAGGUGGGAUGCAGCAAAUAAGAAAGUGAGGCAUCACAGUAUAUAUGCCUUGGUCAUGGGAAAUCUUGAGAAGUACUGAAAAUUGUGGUUGUGGUGGAAGUGUUUGUUCAAGUAUUGCCACACAGCAUUAGGUGGUGCCACACAAGUGCAGUGAUGGUGGAGGAGGAAGGUAAACCUAAAAUUGUUAAUUGUCACAUACAUUUAUUAUAAUGUAGCAGUCACUGAAGAAUUCAUCAGCAUACAUGAGAGUCACUUGCUUGUCUCAGUAUGACCUCCUUAUGAAGAUACAGAGACAGUCUCUCAAAUCCAGUAUCCGCCUCACAAAGAAACUGAAAUUCUUUUUGUUUCUGAUGGUUCCAGCCUUCACACAGUACAAUAAAUAUCAUGAUACUAUGUUAUAUGGGUUACAGAAAAUAUUUGAUACAUUAAAUUAGUGUGUAGAAUAUUGUGGCAUAGAAGAUAAGCAUGAUAUCCAACCCUCAACAUUUUGCUUCCUUCUUGAUUAAGGUUUUCUUUUGGCGUGUGACUGGUUAGGUGUAUUUCAUUUCCUGAUUGUUUAUGAUUGACAUCUUGUUUCUUGUAAGCUGUGGAGCUGGUGAGUGUGACAGGACACCUUUCCCUUGCGAGGCAGAUGCAGAACUUGAAGGAAAGGUACUUAUUCCAAUUUGUUGUCUCUCCAUUGCCUAAUCAAUCAGUGAUUGUUGUAAGGAAUAUUUACUAUAGGUUUAUCAGUAAUGUGAGCUUCAUUAUUAUUAUUCACAAGCCUGAGCUUCAUUAGAGCCAGCUUGUGCUUUUGUUUUGAAAUCCAUGACUGCAACUGAAGUUUGCCUCCAGCAAACUCUAGGGGAUCACUUCACCAGCAAAGCAGACUCCUAGUACCUAUGUGUCACGUCAAUAAAGGUGGUGUCUUGUGCUGUGCGUCUCCCAUCUUCAUGAUAAGUGAUACACACGAUGCUUCUCUUGUGGAUGUACUAAAGGUUGGGAGGAAGUGCUCUAUAGUGCAGAACUACUCAUCAACUGAAUCUUGCAAAACCUGUCAUUGGGAAUCUUUGUUUCUCUCAUUAUCUACCAAAGCAGAUGUUCUUAAAUAAUGUGUCCUAUUUUGAUUAAUUUUCAGUUUGGUGCAUUGUGCUCAGAAUUCUUGGUUGUGUUUUUCUCUCUCUCUCUCUCUCUCUCUCUCUCUCUCUCUCUCUCUCUCUCUCUCUCUCUCUCUCUCUCUCUCUCUCUCUCUCUCUCUCUCUCUCUCUCUCUCUCUCUCCUCUCUCUCUCUCUCUCUCUCUCUCUCUCUCUCUCUCUCUCUCUUUCUCGUGUGUGUGUGUGUGUGUGUGUGUGUGUGUGUGUGUGUGUGUGUGUGUGUGUUAACUUGUGCUAAAGUCAGCUGGUGACACUUGUGAGUGCUGGUGAGGUCACUCAGGUCUGGCAGUCCAGCUUGAGAUGGAUGCACAACAAAAACACAUUUUCAUAAAUCCUGACCAAUUUGUAGAAGUUGACCAAAAAAAAUGUGUCUCUGCUGCUGUCUCUGGCUCAGAAUUUGUCAUUCAUUGUUCUUGUUGUUCUUGAUUUUCAUCACUUCAUUCAUAGAUUCAUGGCAUAUACAUAAUAGAAGUUAUUUUUAUACAUAAAAAGUAAGGCAGUUUGGCAUAGUAUUAUUGAUGUUUUUUAAAAAAUUCACUAUUCAUUAUUUAGGAAAGUAAUGGAAGACUAUGGAAGAGUAGUGCUUGAGAGAUGAACUUUAGGAACCUCUACUGGAUCACAUUGAGGAAGUGUGAGUGACAGGUUGAAAGACAACAGUCAGUGAGAGCCUAGGACUUAAAUCAUGAAAUGUUUGAACAGGGGAAGCCUAAUGCUGAAAUUAUAUGGCACUUUGAAAAGAAGAGAAAAAGUGAAAUAAUGAGAAAAUAUAAAUUUUGUUAGAUGAUGUGAAAAGAUUUAAUACAUCAUUACCAUUUGUGAGGCCAGAGGUUGAAGAAUAUAUUUAGGAAAGCAGUAUUGACAUGGAGAAGCAAAGGUGGAGAUUUUCUUGUGGUGGGAAUUAAUGAAGGGCAUGAAAUCAAGGUAAUAGAUGGCAUUUGUAAAGAAAGUCAUUCCAUUCAAUAAAACAUUUCUCAUGUGAACGUUGCAACAAGUGUGGGAGGGUAGUGAAAGGAAACCAGGUUAAGAAACUAAUCCAGUGGUCUCAUGCGUGCCACACCUCUCCGGGUUCAUGAUUCACUAAUUAUGUGUGCUUCAAUAGGCAUUAUGCAUCUGUCAUGCCAGUAUGCCCCUGGGCUGUGCCUUUCUUGCUUUGGAGGUACACAUUUUGUGACCAGUGUAGUCUGUUACCUUCCUUUGAUGCAUUUCGUGCAGCACUGAUGCAUAGAGGCUGCUAGUGCGCUUUACAGGUGCGUCAAAGAUGAAUGCUUCCAGAUAGCACUUGCUUCAAUGAUUGUGCAACAAAUAUUAGAGUAGCUGAUUUCUAUCUAUCUUAUCUUCCUAAUGCCUUGCUCCCUUUGGGUGUGUCCCCACAGGGAUGGCUGCUGCAAAAGAGCCCCUGCCUUUCUAUCCAAAGACUUCUUGCUUGUUCAAAUCCUACAAGUAUCUCUCACAUGUGUGCUAUUUUACUGUAUUCUUCCACUUUCCAAGUGGUCUUCCUUUCCUAUUGAGAUUAAGUUUUACUUUUAGACACUCAUCACAAUUUAUUUAUAUUCAUCAGUGGUUUAAAGUGAAUUCUGCAUAAUUUGAAUAGUAUAUUCCCAUAUGGAGUGAUGUCAUGCUUUUGCUUCUGUUCCAUGAGCAUGUAUAAAUCACUGAUCUCCAUUAGAAUUUAUAGACUACAAUAUCAAAUUGAUGAGCUGGUGAAACACACUUUGCCAGUAUACAAGCAAGCUAAAAUGUAUAUGUAAGCUAAGAAUAAAUUAAAAAGGACGAUAACAGUACAAAUUCCGUAUUACAUCAGUAUAAACAAGUAACCAAGUGGUGGUAGUGGGAGGCGGAAUGUGUCAUGUGGAACACAAGCUGAGAUAGGCUCCCAUCACCCCCACCCAAAGAAUCUGUGAGCUGAGCAGUCCUUGCUGGUGGAGUAGGACACACUCAUCCUGGUCCACCAGCAGGAGGUUGUACUAUGAGUGGCUUGCCAGCAUCUUGACGCCCAAACUGCAGGUGUUUAAUGGAGUUAAAUUUUAUGAACCUCGCACAUUUAUUUCAUAUCAUUAUAUAUCUACACAAAUUUAUGGGGAUUCUAUUUUUUAUAAUUUUAUUUAUUUAUUUUUUUUUUUAACAAACUAAUGAGGCUUUACUUUUUAAUUGUAUUCUUUGUGUAAUUGCAAUUUUCCUUAUCAAUUCACUCACAGAAUUUAAACAUGCUUAAAGAAAGAGGAGUGUACACUUUAACAAAUUGCUCUUCAUCUUCUCAGUGCACAAUACCUCAUUCCAGUUGCACAGGAAUCCAUGUUGGAUCUUUCAUAUAAAUUGGCAUGCAUAUUCAUAGUUGCAAGAUCAAUUAUUGAUAGGUUAUUUUCUUCAUCAGUUACUUUAUAUCUGAUUGAUUUCACAUUGUUAUUGAAAUCAGUGUCUGUUGUUGUAGUGCUGUAUAUCUAACGCAUCUGUGAAGUGAUAUUAAGACAUGGAAGAAAAGAGAAAAAAGGAAGGUUAUUGGUGUAAAUGCCAGAACAAAUACUUAAUCAUCUCAAAAUAUGUGAACUCAGUGAUUUAUCAGCUCCAUUCCAGUUCUCUAAAAGAAAAGCAAGUGCAGAAUUUAAGAGGCCUCUGUAUUGUGUACUUACCAAUUCACUGGCAUUCGUUUCUUGGCUUGGGUUUCCUUCACAACAUGCCAAUGAUGCAUUUAUUGGUGAAACUUUACAGCUCAUGUUGGAAUGGCAGCUGUCCAUAUUCUGCAUUGACACUUCCAGUCACCAUUGUCAUCUGUAGGGCAUUUCAGUACAAGGCCAGGGGAUGCUAUAGACCUCAAAAAUUUAUGACAUGGAGGAAGAAACUCAUUGUGUGAAGUGGGCCACACUGUCAUUCAAGUAUUGACAGCUAACACCAUCACACAGUACAUGUCAUGCCUUAAAUAUGUGGGGCUGCUGGCGAAUACUUGGGAGUGUUAUGGACAAGGCUGUUCUGCUGCAUCACAGGAGCACCAUGUGGAUAGUUUUAUCAUUUUCAUGUAGACGUGAUCACACAUAUGUUAUUUCUUCAGUCAUUGAAUAUCAGGACAUUUAUCUAAUUCUCACUUUGCAGUAUGACUGAGUGUGCAAGUGUUACUGGACACUGCACGUCAGGUGACAGGAAGUGGCUGGCUGAAGGGAGGUAUGCAAUAUAUGCAUAGGGUCUCCUUGAUAGUAUUAAUACAUAGUGAAUAGAUGUUACAGCAGAGCCACAAGUGGUGGUAAUAAUGUUGAAACACUAUCACCUACGUAUUGAUUAGGUUUAAGUAUUAAUCCCAAGCAAUGUUUCUUUCAUAAUGUUUGAUCAUUCGGAAAUAAAUUUGAAGCACUUGUACAUGAAUUGCCUCUCCCAGGCACACAGUAACUGAGUGCAUGAAUUUCAGCCAUUUGUCAUAUAUUUUUACUAAUCUGUUUUCCAUAUUAAUGCAGUAGAUAACUGUGUUGGGUUUUAGUCCAACAUUAGUUUCCAUUAAAUUAAAUUCUUUAUUUUAAAGCAUAAGUUCCAAAGUAAUUCACUUCUUUGUAAUCUCUCCUGAGUUCAUACAUAGUUUUGUUUGACCACAUCUUCAGUCUCAUGUUUUUUUUCCUUUAUUUCAUCCUACUGAUUCAUCCUUAGUGUCAUAUUCAGACCUUCUCAGGGUUGCUUGUUUUACCAUUGAGCCACCAGAACUGUACAUAUUUAAGUGUUCCAUAUAUGGACUCCUGUGGGGCUGUGGGACACCUCCAAGUGGAAAAUAUCUAUUAUGUAGGUUUUGUAUUUUUUAAUUCUAUCAUAAGACAUGAUUUUAUUUUGUACUUAUUUUGUAUUCUUUCUAGCAAAAACUGAUGUUAAUAUUAAACAACCUUCAUCUGACCUAAUACAGCAAUUUCAAAUCAAGUUAUGUACAAGAUUGCUACAGGCAUCAGGUUUUUAGGAAGGUCUGGAUUUGAGAGAGGAGUGCUGCUAUUUACAUUGUACAGAAGAGUGAAGUCAUAACUAAAGUUUUACCAUGGUAUAAAUCAAGAUAAUGUUACUGAAUGUCAGCAGUAUGGAUUAAGCAAAGCAAAGAUGUUAUAAUUAUUGUUUCAUACCAGGCCAUGAUUUAUUUAUUUUUUUUUUUUUUUAUUUAUUUUUCUUACUUCAUAUUCUAUGUUUUCUGUUUUAUUGAUUUGAUAAAUCUGGAAAUUAAUGAUUUCUCGCACUAAGAAAGUUAGCAGGCUGCUGCUGUCACUGUUCAGAACAUGAUGUCCUUAAAAGUUUUGAUACUUAAAUUAUGAACUUGAUUUACAGUUGUGUAGGGAAGUGAAAAGCCAAGAAGUAUAUUAUAAAAAUGUCUUAUUUGACAAUUUCCUACAAAUUAUUUACUUUAUCAAGGUGCAAAAUGCACACCAAAAAAUAAAGUGUUUUUGUA